AUGAAAGACGACAUCAAGAAUGCGCUGGAGGCAGAGAGGGAGAAGGAGCAGGGGAAUUUAUUUUUUUCUCAGGGGGACUAUGAGCUGUCGAUAUUCCACUACACCAGAAGCAUAAAAUACAUGCCAAAGUGCUCCAUCCUUUACACGAACCGAUCCUUGGCUUAUUUCAAGAUCGGGUCCUUCCAGGAGAGCCUCGAAGAUGCCCUCAGGGCCAAGGAGCUGGACAAAGACAACCUGAAAAGCUACUAUCGAAUUUGCGAAGCGUACAGUGCGCUAAAGGAUGAUGAAAAUUACAAAAAGUAUAAGCAACUGUACAGGGAAAAGCAGAAUAGCCAGAGGGGACGAACGAAGAAGGAGGGAGAAGCGACUGAGUAUCGGGAAGAACGAGUAAAUAAUGACUCCCCCAAGAGUGUGAGUCCACUCGCAAAGGAAACCUCCCCAGGAAUUGCAAAACAGAGGGGCAUGAAAAAGAGCGACGAGCUAAUGCACCUUGGCGAAACAGAUCACACGAGCAGAUUUGUCUUUAUGAAUCAACCCGAGAUAAAAGACCGAGUAUCUAAUUUUUCUUUUGAAAAAAAAGAGUACAGAAAUAAUUUCCUCAUAGAAGAAGUGUAUGACUUUGACGUGAACAGGUCAGGGAAGGAUCUCACGAAUGGAGAUGGCGCACCUAAAAGGAAAACAGGCAACACAUCGAAGGGUGAUUCACAUGCCGAUGGGGAUUCCAAGAGGAAGGCGCUAGUGAACCGAGCCGAUAUGAUUAACGAUAUAGAAAUCUUUGUAAACCUGUUUGCAGACAUAUCCAUGCACCCCACCCCUAUCAUUUCUGUUCCCAUUGAAAAAGAAACAAGAAAAGGGAAAAUGGGCCAUUACCAUAAUAUCGACUUUAAAACAUUAAAAGGGAAAGCAGAUGAACUUUUCGCGGAGAAGAAAUUCGACCUUUCCAUGGAACUGUACAACCAAAUUAUUGAUGAAAAUGACAGUGAACGAGGAAUAUACUACUGUACAGUGCUCAGCAACAGAAGCGCCUGCCACAUAGAAAUGAAGAAGAUUCGAAGCGCCCUCUGUGAUGUAAGCAAAGCGCUAAGUAUACUUUUCUCAUUUUUUCAAACACAUAAAGAAGAUAUAAAGCGUGUCAACGAUCCAGAAGCCUCCUCACUCGAUACACCCGAACAGACAGAAGCAUUCCUUCCAACAGACAUGGAGGUUUAUAAAGACCCCAAGGGAAUCUACUUCCAGGCACACAAACUGGUACUGAGGCUACUAUUCAGAUAUGUGAAAUUUUCACACCUGUAUAGAAAAAAUGGAUUCAAGGUUCCAUCCCUCCAACAGGUGGAUUCCCUCAGGAGCAUGAAGGGAAUAAACUACGUAAACUCUGGAGAGCUCGAUCGGAUGAGGAACCUAAUCUACGCGCAGCUAUAA